UUGCCUGGACGUGGCACCGAGGAGGAGCUGCGCCCUCUCCGCCUCUUCUUCGCCUGGUUCCGUUACUCUCUUGCGGCACCGAGCAGCGGCUUCUCCCGGACUCUCCGGCUCGUUCUCCCGCGUCAGACUGUUCCGCCUUUCCUUCGCUGAGCCGGGACUUUGGGGUUAAAGAUGGGGCUGACGAUCUCCAACCUGAUCUCCAGACUGUUCGGAAAGAGACAGAUGAGGAUACUGAUGGUCGGUUUGGACGCAGCUGGAAAAACUACGAUCCUCUACAAACUGAAGCUUGGAGAGAUCGUUACCACAAUCCCAACCAUCGGGUUUAACGUGGAGACAGUGGAGUAUAAGAACAUCUGUUUCACAGUUUGGGACGUUGGCGGUCAAGACAAGAUCAGGCCUCUGUGGAGACACUACUUCCAGAAUACACAGGGUCUGAUCUUCGUGGUGGACAGUAACGACAGAGAGAGAAUCCCAGAGUCAGCUGAUGAACUCACUAAGAUGCUCCAGGAAGAUGAACUGAAGGACGCGGUUAUUCUGGUGUUUGCCAACAAACAGGAUCUUCCCAACGCCAUGGUGGUCAGCGAACUCACCGACAAACUGGGUCUGCAGAGCCUGCGCAGCAGAACUUGGUUUGUCCAGGCUACCUGUGCGACUCAGGGCACAGGUCUCUACGAGGGUCUUGACUGGCUGUCCAAUGAGCUGAGCAAACGUUAGGUCACAUGACUUAAACCGGGAAGUAGCUGACUGAUAUCAUCGACUGAAUUCACCUUUACCUGAUGAAGACAAGGAGUGGGAGGAGUUUUAAAGGACUGAUUUCUUUUUUUUGUUUGUUUUUAAAUUAUGAAUAUGUCGAGGAGGAAAUGAUGUCAUGGACUCUGAGCUCACCUUGAUUUCCCAUCAUCCUCUUCUUCUCUUGUUUUUUUUCUUUCUUUCUCCGCAUGUUUUAACUCUGAAUCAUGUGACACACUUAACCAGGUGGGAGGCGGGGCUUAUCGGGUAAAACUGCACCUGUGGUUAAAGGUGGGCUUAACGACUGGUGGCAUGUACCUGUGGGCAGGGGGUGGGGUUUAGAGUUGAGCGACAGUGCACCUGAAGAUGAUAAUGGAGGGCAGUGGCUGGAGUUGAAGGUGAGUGGCAAAGUACCUGAUAGGGCGGGGUUAAAGACAAAUGAAGGUGUUUAAAAUGAAGACAGGGGGAAAGAUGAAGACAGUGUACCUAAAAGGUACAGGGGGCAGGGUUAAAGUGACCUGGUGGUGUGAUGGCUCAUUCCGUACCUGAAGGCCUCGUCAUUCCUAAACAAUGUGCAGAAGAAGAAUCCGAAACAAAGAUGAUGCAAUAAAGGUUUUUUUUCUUCUCAA